AUGAGCGAUCUACAGGCCACUCUCGAGUUCUCCCUCGAGCUUUGCAAGUUUUACAAUGUCGACCUGUUCCAGCGUGGGUAUUACCAGAUACGAACAGCCCUCAGAGUGUCGCCGAAACUGCCUGUCAAGGUGGAGGUUAACCAGCCGCGCAACCACUCGUUGGAGGCGCCCGGGACUAGCAAGCGCUUUCAAAUCCUCUACAGAAACGAGGAGGUGACACUCGGCACCUCGGUCCUAUUCCGAGCGCACGUGCUCGUGCACAGCCACAAGAUCGAGGAGGUGCUCUCGCGCACCCACUUCAAUCUCGGCGUCGAGUUAUGGUUCAGCGAGCCGACGCAACCUGGGAACAUGGCCUGCGUGUCGUCUAGGGCGUUGCAGUUGAACUUUGCGCCAACCAAAGGGCUUCACUAUCAUCUGCCUGUGCUCUUCGACUACUUUCAUCUAGCCGCGGUAUCUAUCACCAUCCACGCUUGUCUCGUGGCCCUUCAUCAGCCUUACGUCAAGAAGAGCAUACUUCAUUACGUGCAGAGCUGCGCACCGCGUGGAGGGAAGCCAUGGCUGCAAUUUAAACAGUCUGCAGCGAACGGUGACAACAAUGCCCAGUUAGGAAAUAUCGAAACGACGACGAGAUGCGUCGGCUCGACCACGAGGAUACAACACGCGAAACUGGUCCAACAGGAAGUAAUCAGGUUACUUCUCGCCGCGAGGGAAUCUUUGCUCAACGAUUUAGCUGAUUUAGCGCGGCUGCUACCCUCUUGCCAGCAAAGGGCGCUCGAGUUAGCUCAGAACACGCACAAAGAAAUUACCAAGGUCAGCAUGAUGGACACGGAGGAAACCGAUAUCGCUCAACUCUGCGCACAAAACAUUGUUCUUUGGCAGCAUUUCCUGGAAGCGUUCUCCGGGUGUGAGGCCGUUCAUCAACAUCUCGCGAGAAUACAUCAUCAACUGAGGGUGAAACGUUUCGCGGAAGGUUUCUUCGUGCUGGAGAAUCCCCGGACGUCGGCGUGGGGCUGCUACGACGCGAACUAUCAAUCGUAUCAAGCAGUGAGCGAGGCCGCGCGAAGAUCGCGCUAUCUCGCUUCGUUGCCUCCUUUACCGGUGCACUGUCCGGAAUUGGAUGGGGAUCUUCAUUCCCUGCCUUUGAUCUUCGAGGAUCAGUAUGUGGACAUGAAACAGAGGCACAGAAACAGCGUUCCCGGUAUAGACGACUGCAGUUGCGGUAUAGCAGCGAUCCUGGAGUCUCGAUCCAUGGGUAUCUGGUCGCCGAGGAGCGAGGGCGCGGCUCAGGAUAUCGCGUCGGUCCAGGGUCGUUUGACGCUCACUCCCUCUACGCUUCCCGCCAGGCACAGUAAAUCGUUGGAUCAGUUGGGUCCCGAUAUCACCACGCCUGUACAGCCGAGAACCUCGCCGAAAACGCUUCCUCGGUCCGUAUCCACGCAGCUGUUCCCGCGACAGAGAAGCGGAGCACGGAACGUCACUCCGCCGGCGACAGUUCCUUCGCGAGGAAGACAAAGAUCGACAGCACCGUCCAGUAGCACGCUUUUCCCUCCUUCGGGGCAGCAAGCCUGUUCCGCGCCAAAUCCUUCCCUUGGUUCGACACCGGUGGUUCCGUUGCCGAGAGCAAAAUCGACGCAGAUGCUGGUGUUGCCUCGACAGCAGGGCGAUCCUCAGAACACCUCGAUCACGUCGCUUCUCGUGGCUAUGUUCCCCGAAUUGCCGCCUGGAGGACAGCUGCCGGGUUACAGGCCGAGCAAAUCCUGCGAGCAGACUCUCACCGUGCCAACUUGCAUGGGAACGAUGGACCUUGGACAAGUGACCGAAUGCUGGAGCGAGAACAAGGGUAGCAACGUUGCUGAAGAUUACCACUCCCUCGACACAAGAAGAAUCCGCCUGGAGCCACGCAGUCACAGAUUAGCAGCACGUCAACCGCUGUCCACCACCGGCAACAACCAGAACAGCUUUCUGUCCAACAAAACCAGCGUAAACGGCGACACUUUCCUCUCCGAGCAACAGCUUCACACAGCCACCCUGGACAGGGUGACUUACCGAGGAAAUUCUCGCAAGCAGACACACCACACAGGCGGCAAGUACAGUCAAACGAACGGUCUGGAGUCUCGAAGGUACCACACAAUCGGUAAAACCAGCUCUGGACAGGGACAACGCAAUCGAGAGGUUCAAGACUCGAUGAACGGCGGUGGAUUGCCAAGCAGUCACUCGAUGAUCGCCGAUCCCUUGUACAAAAGGUCGAAUUACUCGUCGACGACCACAGACUCGUUCUUCUAUCGCACGAACGGCACCAGCGGACGAAUUCACGGCGAGCCGGAGAAGCCGAGGAGACCGAAGAGCACCGAAAGAUUGGUGGACGACGUCGAUCGGAACGAGUACUGCGACUUCCGGAGAGAAAGACCGAGGAGGAGAGAGGAGAGACCGGCUGUCAAGUCUCCUCGCAACGGUGUGACGCAGUGUUACGGCGAGACGCAGGAGGAGAAACACAGGAGGCUGCAGAACGAGGAUAAGAUGCAAGAGUUGACGAACGAAAUGUUCUACAAAGUGAUGACUGCUAUGUCCGAGCCGAAGAAGGAGCAACGAGCCGAGAGGAGAAAGGAUAGACACGGAAGAAGACCGCAUUCCGCGCCUGUUCUGGACGUGGAUCAUCCGACCGAGGAGAAUAAGAAGUGUGGAUACAGGAAUAGGAAACCGGCGCCUCCGCCUCCAGCUUAUCAGGAUCCCGCGGUGGCGCCGUUGCCUAAGUAUCGUCCUCCGCCUCCGGUGCCCACGACGAACGUCCUGGAAGUGGAGAAUAAUAAUAAGAUCAUUCUGAAGGUCGGCCCCAUCAGGUCUCCGAUAGAAUCCGCAGCGACGAAUGGCACGACGCCGUCCGACCCGUCUAACGCCGGUGCCCAAGCUCCGAGCGUGAAAAGACUGAGGUGCGCCAGCGUACCUGUAGCGCAGAACAAAGUGGUGGUGCCUCGUAGCGCGGUCUCCUUGCCUUGCAUGCCGAUCCGCGACAGCAAGGACAGCCUUAGCAAUAAUCUUCCCGUGAUCUCGAAUCCGCUCAGCCCGCCGUCCAGCCGACCGAGCAGCCCUACCACCAGCUCCAGCUCCAGCAAUCUCACGUCUGAGUGUUCCGGAUGGGUGAGCAGCGGGGACACGUCCAGCUCGGAGCAGCGUCGAAACGCGAAGCUGUCGAGCGAGCAACUGCGUCAGAAGCUGUCGAAGAUCGUCCCGAGGAAAGGCAGGCCGGCCGCUCCGGCGACGAAAGAGAGCGUCGAGGAGCAUUCGUACGAGGAAGUGAGACUUCCGCCGCCGAAGAUGUUCCAGGACGAGCCUCCGCCUCCCGAGGAGUUUCGCGACCCACCGGCGAUCAUCGACAAUCCUCUCUAUCACGUCUACGAGACGGUGAAACCGGUGAGGAGUCCCAAGCAGACGAAGACCGCUCCGUGCAGUCCGCAGAAGAGUCGCGAGAGGGAGAGAGGAAGGGAGAGGGAGAGAGAGACCACGUACGGAGCUAGGGACAUUUGCUUGGACUGCUAUCAGGAGGGGAAGGAGUUGCUGCAAUCGACCCAGGACGACGCGAUCAAUUUCAAGAAGUGCAAGGAGGACUUCAAGAGGCAGAUGAGCUUCUCGGGGAAGAUCUACAGAGAACGCAAGGAAGCGCAGUUGCGUUUCCAUAAACGUGCCCAUUCCUUUGGAUACGGUGACCUCCUGACCCCGUCGUCGGUAAAACCUCUAAGAUCGAAUGUGCCUCUUAGUGACUAUCCGACCCUGGCCUCGACCAUGCCGUACUUCCACAUCAGCAACGAGUACCGGCUGUUCUCGCCGGAAGGGGCUCAUCUGAUCAUCUGUGUACACGGUCUCGAUGGCAACCCUGCUGAUCUUCGUCUGGUCAAGACGUACUUGGAACUCAGUCUUCCCGGGGCGCAUCUGGAUUUUUUAAUGUCUGAGAGGAAUCAGGGUGACACAUUCUCGGAUUUCGAUACGAUGACCGAUCGAUUGGUAGCCGAGAUUCUCCACCACAUCGAGACGUCGGGGCUGAACCCGACGAAAGUGAGCUUUAUCGGACAUUCUUUAGGGACCAUCAUAAUAAGAAGCGCUCUGACGCGGCCUCAAUUACGACCGCUUCUUGCACGUUUACACACCUUUCUCAGCCUGAGCGGUCCACACUUAGGUACACUGUAUAACACCAGUGGAUUAGUUAAUGCAGGAAUGUGGUUCAUGCAGAAGCUGAAAAAAUCCGGCUCCUUGCUGCAGCUGGCGAUGAAAGACGCGCCGGACGUCAGACGGUCGUUCAUGUUCCGCCUUAGCCAGAAGAGCAAUCUCGAAAAGUUCAAACACGUCCUCCUGUGCGGAAGCGCGCAGGAUCGAUACGUGCCUCUUCAUUCCGCUCGUAUAGAGCUCUGCAAAGCCGCCGUGCGGGAUUCGACCGAUCAAGGCGCAGCGUACCGCGAGAUGGUGCACAACAUUCUCUACCCGGUGAUGUCGUCAUCGGGGGUGAGUCUGGUCAGGUACGACGUGCACCACGCGUUGCCAGCAACAGCGAACGCGCUGAUUGGCCGAGCCGCGCACAUCGCCGUCCUCGAUUCCGAGCUUUUCAUCGAGAAGUUCCUGCUAGUGGCGGGUCUGAAGUACUUCAGAUAAGGAACGGACUGUCUAGCGACUUAAGGGAUGAACCGAGAGGAAGGAGAGGAAAAAAACAAACUAGUCUAAAAAAUACUAGCGAAUUAUUUAGCAGCAGGGAGAAAGAAAAAGAGAGAAGAUGGAUAUCGUCGAGAGCGGAUUCUCGUAACUCUCCGUGACGUCUCCGAUCGCAUUAGGAUUAAAUUAGCGCGUUCUGCUCGAAAAAUAAUUGCCCCGCUUCUAACUCCAUCUCACUCCACGCCCUUCGAACCUCCUCCUCCUCCUAGCGAUCGUUAAUUCCGUUUCAUUUCUUCCAAAAAAAAAAUACAAAAAACGACACACGGUCGACGCGGGAAGCGGGGCAAAAUUACCACGUUUUUACACGAUUACAAGCGGCCACAUCGUUCGGGAUACAUACGUACAUAUUUUAAAUUAAGAACGUCGUCGAUCAAGUUUCUCUCGUUAGGUUCCUAAGUGUCAUUCCAGCGGACGUCGCUGUCUCGCCGCGCGCGUCCAUCACAAACAUUUCGACCAUUCAUCCAGCCAUCGAACGAUUCUAACAAAUGGACCUACAGACUGCGCGAAGAACGGGCCUACAUACAGCUCCGCGGUGCAGCGACCGGGUGUAUUCUCUGAAAUAACGGAGAAGAGGUGGAAAACCGGGUCGAUGAAGUGUUAGGGUGGUUUUCACGUCGUUCCUCCGCGCGUCGAUUGUUAGCGUCGCGGUGCGUUACAGUGAUGCUUUUAACGAAAACAGAGGGUGGCAGCGAGGAGAGGAGAGAUACGCUCUCGCGUGAAACUUCGUCGAGGGUGGUACAGGCCGAUAGCCGGGCCUUUUAUUCGA